AUGUCUCGAAAUAUUCUCAUCACCGGUGCAGCGGGAUACAUAGGAGGUUUCAUCAUUGCGAAUCUUUUAUCCAAGCACCCUGAGACCACUAAACAACAAGUCUUUGCCGCCGUCAGAACAGAUGAGCAGGCCAAAGCUCUUUCAACCCUUGGCAUCAACGUCCUCAAACUCGAUUUAUCAGAUGAACAGGCCGUUGUUAACGAAAUGUCCUCUCACAAAAUUAGUGUCAUUGUACACGCUGCUAAUUCCAUAAAUCCGGAGCUAGCCUUGCCUUUGAUAAAUGCUCUGGCAAAACAAAAGGAGUCAGCUGGGAAGCCAACGCACUUCAUCCAUACCUCAGGACUGAGUGCAUUCUACGCAAACUCAGGCUGGCCCCGCACCGUCAACAAAGACACAGAUGCGGUGUUCGAGACGGAGAAGGGGUUUGCAGACUCUUAUCCAAUCCGAAAGACCGACGUCAUGGUUAUAGAGUAUGCACAAGCCCAAGGUGUUACACCAUUCGUUAUUGUACCAUCUAUCAUCUGUGAGCGAAAUCAUGCCUUUGCCUUGAUUGAUAUUAAUCAUUGA